CCGGGGGACCAAUCGCCUUGCAAUGGGAGAAGUGAAACUUCGUCCUUCGUUGUUAAUGUUAUCGAAUUCUAAAGGCAAAACCUAGAUUCGAGAAAAUAUCUUAAGCAGCUGAACCUGUCAUCACUACAACGUCGUGAGAGUCACAAACUGUCACGUUUGAAUUUUUGACAAUAAAUAAACUUUAUAUCGACGGCCUGCAGAGGCGCAGUUCGGCGCGACACGACCUUUAGACCCGAUGACGUUUUUCUGCGCAUGAGCAAUGCUAGCUAACGUCGCAAUGACAUCGUCUACAAGUGUGAUCGGGGAUUUCUAUUAGAGAAGCAGUUUCUGCAUAUCUUCAUACUGUACUGUCUUUGGUAACAUUGUUGUGGAACGACGUCACAGCUGGAAAAUGAAGGCGCAGAGGCAGCCAUUGCUGGAGGUUCUGUAAUCAUUUUAUUCCAAAUAAAUACUCGAGGUAAACUUCCAUGGCAAGAGCCACAAGUCAGAUUUAUGAUGUUGUGCCCAUUCAAUCCAGCGUGGUCAUCUGUUCCUGCCCACAUCCAUCAAUGGUAAGAAAUCAGCCCGACUCCUGCUCGCCACUUGCCAUCCCAGGCGCAAGUAGCAGCCACUAUCCCAGCAUGGAGGGCCCCACCUCCGAGUCCAGGGCCACGGGCAAACCUGCCAGCCUGGGUGCCGAGCUCCGGGCACAGCAGGCCCCUCAGCCCCGCAAGAAGAGGCCAGAGGACUUCAAAUUCGGCAAGAUACUGGGAGAGGGCUCCUUCUCAACCGUUGUCCUUGCAAGAGAACACGCAACGGCAAAAGAAUAUGCAAUAAAAAUUUUGGAGAAGCGGCAUAUUAUGAAGGAGAACAAGGCUCAGUAUGUGAAAAGAGAAAGGGAUGUAAUGUCGAACCUAGAUCAUCCAUUCUUCGUCAAACUGUACUUUACAUUUCAAGAUGAUGAGAAGUUGUAUUUUGGCCUUAGCUAUGCUAAGAAUGGAGAGCUUUUGAAAUAUAUUCGCAAAAUCGGUUCUUUUGAUGAGACCUGCACUAGAUUCUACUCGGCUGAAAUUGUUUGUGCACUAGAAUAUUUGCAUGAGAAGGGGAUAAUUCACAGAGACCUUAAACCUGAGAAUAUUUUACUGAGCGAAGACAUGCACAUCCAAAUAACAGACUUUGGAACAGCAAAGCAGUUAUCUUCAGAUAGCAAACAAGCGAGAGCAAACUCCUUUGUAGGAACUGCGCAGUACGUGUCUCCAGAGCUGCUGACAGAGAAAUCGGCCUGCAAGAGCUCCGACCUCUGGGCCUUGGGAUGCAUAGUCUAUCAGCUGGUGGCUGGGCUACCACCCUUCAGAGCUGGAAACGAGUACCUAAUAUUCCAGAAGAUAAUCAAGCUGGAGUAUGAAUUCCCUGAGAAGUUCUUUCCCAAAGCCAAGGAUCUUGUUGAACAGCUUUUGUCGCUGGACCCUUCCAAGAGAAUUGGUUGCGAGGAUAUGGGAGGGUACGACCCCCUGAGGGGACACCCGUUCUUCGAGACCAUCUCCUGGGGAGACCUGCAUGUGCAGACGCCACCCAAGCUCACUCCAUACCUGCCAGCCAUGUCCGAGGAUGACGAGGACUGCUAUGGAAACUACGAUGACCUCCUGAGCCAGUUCAGCAGCAUGCAGGUGGCCCUGUCCAGUUCGUCCCACUCGCUCUCCACGCCUGAGACCAUUCCCCCAGCGCCACAGAGGUCCAGCAGCAACAUCGAGCAGUACAUCCACGACCUGGACAACAACUCGUUUGAGCUGGACCUGCUGUUCUCCGAGGAGGAGAAGCAGCUGUUGCUGGAAAAACAGACCAGUGGGAACCCCUGGCACCAGUUUGUUGAGAAUAAUUUGAUCUUGAAAAUGGGCCCAGUGGAUAAAAGGAAGGGCCUGUUUGCUCGGCGGAGGCAGCUGCUCCUUACUGAAGGGCCACAUCUGUACUACGUGGACCCUGUCAACAAGGUCCUGAAAGGGGAGAUCCCCUGGUCCCCUGAGCUGCGCCCAGAGGCCAAGAACUUCAAGACCUUCUUUGUCCACACGCCCAAUCGAACAUACUAUCUGAUGGACCCCAGUGGCAACGCUGACAAGUGGUGUAAGAAGAUCCAGGAAGUGUGGAGAAAGAUCUAUCACAAGCAACAAAAUCCUGGCCUAUAGGAGAGCAGUUCCUCCUGCGGCCACUCCUUCCUCCAAGCUCUGAGGCCAAUCACAGAGAAACAUCCUCUUUAGUGCCCUUCAUCACCGCAAUGUAAACAAACUCUUUUAGAGACGCUGGCAUCUAGACCUUGUUUAUUUUCCUUUUCUGAAAUUAGCAGAACCAAUAGGAAAAAAGACACCAUGGGAUUCAGGGUUGCUUUGCUUGUUCUUUGUGCUCUGUGAGGCUUUUAAAUGCGUUUUUUUUUUUCAUGUGUGGAUGAUGACUUCCAUGCACAUCGGCAUCUUAUACAUUCUGCAGGGGAACGAGAGGACAGGCUUGUUUGUAGAAUUUCACUGGUGUAGGUACCAUUAGGGCCAUCUCAGUGCAAGGACUGGUUUCCUUCUUCAACCAUAACAAAACACAAUCCAGCAUUGCUUGUACACCAGAGCUUAUCCCAAUACAGUAUGAUACUCAAUCCAGAUCCUAAUCCAACAUUGUAUGCCUCUGUAAUUUUACCUGAACUCGACACACACAUACUCCAGACUAUUGCCUGGUUCAGUAUCACACUGCAAACAGGCGCUUACCCAAUAAAGUAUAUUUUUGUCAGA